UCGAUACUGAUAAUCUGAUAAGAUAUUGAGAUUCUUGAAGGCGUCACGAGAUUCCCAGUUUAACUUAGUGAGUGAAUAGUGAUGGCUCCACUAGUGUAUUUAUUAGCAUUCCUCUCAUUAAGCGCGCGGGCGCUAGGUGUGCCAGCUCGUCAAGAAGAACAUCAUGUCAGGGUUGGAGACGUCACUCUGUCCCUGGAGCCAAAGUUGACAGGCGGAUUUCAACUCACGCUUAUCGACGGAGAUGAAUCUACGGAACUAGGCUUCAUUGGCCGAACUCUCGUGUCUACCUUUACAACUGAAGACGUCGAUGACGGAGUUUUAGUGACGAUGGGAGCUGCAACACUCCUUCUCAAUACGGUGUACAAUGAGGCUGAAAACGCAAGAGGGAUUAAAAUUAAGUGGGACGCGCCUAGUCAAAUGAGGCUUGAAGACUGUUUAUCUUUUGGUGCAAAGCACUGGUACGCUGGCCCUAUGCAAAUUGAUCAAGUGUACCCAAUCCAAUACGCUUCCCAAGUCUACUCUCCUCUCAUCACUAAAGAAGAUGAUAACGGAGCCAUCAUGGAAAGAUAUUGGCUCAACUCUGCUGGGGAAUACAUCUUCGUCCAUCCACAAGUGCCACUUUUCGUGGACUACAGCAAUAUCUUGGCCAAUCACAUUUGUCUCGGAGCUCAAGUCGCCGAACCUUACUCCCCACAAAGAAACCAUACAGAGUUAUCAUACGACUUCUGGAUAUUACCUGAUGUUAAGAAAGCGCAUAAGCAUGCGGUGGAAAAUUAUUUAGGCAAACCAACAGGUGUGCCGGAUUACAGAAUGAUUCAACAUCCGAUUUGGUCAACUUGGGCCCAAUAUUCGAGAGAUAUUAACGAAACUAAUCUCUUGGAAUUUGCACACGAAAUCUUACAUCGAGGAUUCAACAAUUCGCAAUUUGAAAUUGACGAUCAAUGGGAAACUUGCUACGGUUCACUCAAUGUUGAUGUGGGCAAGUUUCCUAAUUUUGCGAACUUGGUGCAAGAACUUAAAUCUCUUAGUUACCGUGUGACACUCUGGAUUCAUCCUUUCAUAAAUAGAAACUGCGAGCCGUGGUAUUCAAAUGCAUUAGAUAGUGGCUACCUCGUACUCGACGAGUCAGGCAGCCCAGACACCUCCUGGUGGAACAACAACGGCUCAGUCGCGUCCUACAUCGACUUCACCAACCCUGCCGCAGCAGAGUGGUGGUAUGAGAGAGUCAAGAACCUGACUGAUUUGUACGGCAUUGACAGCUUCAAAUUUGACGCGGGUGAAAGCUAUUAUGCCCCUCAGAUAUCAGUCCAGAGAGGUGACAUAGACCGUCAGCCACACCACAUAACGCAGUCGUAUGUUAGGACAUGCGCAAGAUUCGGAGAUAUGAUUGAAGUUCGAACUGGAUUCAGAACUCAAGAUCUCCCAGUCUUCGUGCGCAUGGUCGAUCGAGAUUCAAUCUGGGGUUUAAACAACGGUCUCGCAACCAUAAUCACAACGACCCUAGAAAUGAACCUAAACGGUUACACCUUAGUCUUGCCAGACAUGAUCGGUGGGAACGGCUUCAACUUGGACCACGACCAAUCAGACUUGCCGACUAAGGAACUAUUCAUCAGAUGGGUACAAGCAAAUACUUUCUUGCCGGCGAUGCAGUAUUCUUUCGUGCCUUGGAAUUUUGAUAAUGAGACUGUGGAAAUAAGCAAAAAGUACACUGAACUGCACGCCCAAUACGCUGACCACAUCUACGAGGCGAUGCAGGCGUCAGUGGAAAAUGGCUCUCCUGUCAAUGCGCCGCUGUGGUGGAUCGCCCCGCUGGAUCCAGAGGCGCUCGUUAUCUGGGACGAAUAUCUCCUCGGCGAAUCAAUCCUUGUGGCUCCAGUCCUCCAAGAGGGUGUAAGAUCCAGAGACAUCUACCUGCCCGCCGGUACAUGGUUUGAGGGAGGGGACCCUGAGAAAGUACAUGAGGGCCCAAUAUGGAUCCGCGGACACCCAGCUCCUCUAGAUGUGUUGCCGUUCUUCGUGAGGGAAUCUGCAUCUGAACCGGAUUCCGCAAACCUCUUUAGCGCUGCUACAGUCCUGGUACUUUUGGGGCUUAUUGCUAAUAUAAUAAAUAAUUAAAUAUUACUUGUCAUAUUCUAAGUUGGUCGAAUUUUUGAAAUAUUUCCACACCAUUGAUUAAAACAAGAAUUUAAAUAGGUACUUCUAAUUUUUCACACUUUCUAAUUACUUACCGUUUCAUAUUAAAUAAAUUAAUAUUUUGAUCACGGCCAAAUACUACCUAAAGUAAUCAAUUUGAAAUUUACAGCAUUGAAAAUUAGUUGAUAGGUCAUAAAAUAAGAUAUGAAUUUUAGGAUUAGAUUAAUAAGGAUACCUAGAUUGUACUUUUGACGUGAACUAUGUUUGACUUUUGCUUUAAUUAAAUUGAAAAUAAUCGUAAAA